AUGAAAUGUUUUGAACAUAAUGCACCCUACAAUUUAAUUUGUUAAGUUAAAGAUUGCAGCUAAAAAUUGCUGUGCAAUCAAUGUAUGACUAAGCAUAAUGCUCAACACUACCCAAUGAUUUAGAGUUUUUCUGAUAUGGAUUAUCAAAUAAAAUAAGUUCCUUAGUUGCUAGAGAAAGAUUUGGAUGUUCUAAAAGCUAAAUUAUAUUCAAUUUAAAAUCAUAUGACAAUAGAGAAGGAUUAGCUUAAGAAAUAAUUGAUAAAAUUGUGUGAUGUUCUAAAAUCUCGAAUAAAUGCUGAAGUUGAUGACUUUUGUUCUUCUGCUUUAGAAUAUACAAAUUCUUAUUAUAAAUAGUAUGAAACUGAUAUAGGUAGUUUGCUUGGAGUAAUAUCUGAGCAUUUGAAUAUGGUAGCCCCAUAUACAACAAGAGUAAGACCAAUAAAUGAAAAUUAAUUUGGAAUGUUGAUGGAUUUUCAAGAAAAGAUGCUUGGAAAUAUAUUACCAAGUCUAACAAAGAGAGCUGAAGUAAUUUCGAAAUAAGUUCUAGAGAAUCAGUUAUAUAUGAAGAUUGAUCAUUUUUAUGCAAUUGUAAAAACAUCACUUGGUAAAGCACUGUAGUCUUAUAAUUUAUUCAAGAACAAUGAAUUCUAAAUUGAAUAAAAGAGAUCCAUGCAUUUACAAACAGAAUAUGAGUCAGAAUUAGUAAAGUCAUCAUUUUAUCCAAUGAGUGAUUUUAAAAGAAAUGCUUUAGAGUUAUUUAGAGAAAAUUAACCAUAAGAAAGAAAGUCUGCUAGAAUUUAUAGACCAGAAGAAGGAUUUAAUAUACCUAAAAAUAGAAGUUCAGCUGAGUUUAGUGGAUCUCGUUUUAUAUAUGCAAAAGCAAUAAAUACAGUGUUAAGUGGUCAUACAGAUAUAGUAACAUGUAUUUGUAUAUUUUCUUAAUCUUCUUUAAUAUCUGCAGGAGGUGGAGGAAUUAUAAAAAUAUGGGAUAUUGAUGGAGGUUUAGCAUUAGGAUAGAUGAAUGAACAUGCAGGAGAUGUUUGGGCAUUAGCUAAAAUAAAUGAAAGUAAUUUUGGUAGUGCUAGUGCAGAUUAAACAGUGAGAAUUUGGAAUUAUUAAAGAAUGGUAUGUGAAAGUGUAUUAGUUGGACAUUUGUAACCAGUUAAAGCUUUAAUAUAUCUAAAAGAUUUAGAAUAUUUAGCAUCUGGUAGUUUAGAUAGUACAAUAAAAAUAUGGACAAUUAAUAGACCAAAGUUAAAAUUAACAAUGUAAAAUAAUUAAAGGGUUAGAGCAUUAUGUUAUGUUUAAACAAAGGGACUAAUAGUAAGUGGAGGUGAGAAUAAUUUAAGUGUUUUUAAUAUAUUGAAUGGUUAUUGUAAAGAUUAAUUAGAAGGACAUCAUGGAGAAAUAUUAUGUUUGAAAUAUUUACAAGAAUCAUUGAUGGGUGAAUUUAUGUCAGUAAUUGCAUCAGGAGGAGCAGAUAAAAAAAUUAUAAUAUGGAAUUUAGAUAGAGCUAUAAAAUUACAUAUAUUUGUUGGACAUUAAGAAGCAGUAACUUGUCUAACAUUUGAUAUUGAAAAUAGAUAAUUAUGGUCAGGAGGAGCAGAUAGAACUAUUAGAUGUUGGGAUAUUGCAACAGGAAAGUCUAUUUUAACUGCAAAAAGACAUUCUGAAUAAAUUAGUACUCUAGAAUAUAUGCCUGGUAGAGAAUUAAUUAUUAGUGGAAGUUGGGAUCAUAGAAUAAGAGUAACAUAAAAAUCAAUUUUAAUGAAUUGA